AUGGCAAAUACACUGAUGCAUAUAAGUCAGCUUCACUGGAUUGUAGUCGAGGAUAAUAAUUCGAAAAUAAAAGCAGUGGAGAAACUGCUGAAUAGAACUGGCUUACCACACACUUAUAUAUGUGCGAAAACAAUUCCUGGUUAUCCAAGCAGAGGAUGGUACCAACGUUCCAGGGCUUUGGAAUAUUUACGUAAAAAUACAGAUCAGAUAACAUUAAAUAAAUCUAAUUCUGUCGUUUAUUUUGGCGACGAUGAUAAUUCGUACGAUAUUCGUCUAUUUCGCGAUUAUAUUAGGCGCGUUAGAAAAGUAGGCAUCUGGGCAGUUGCACUAGCGGGUAAUACGGCUAUUGAAAUGCCUGAUGUUCACCAAGGAACUGUUGUGGGGUGGAAAGUUCUGUGGAAUAAAAAGCGCAAAUUUGCAACGGAUAUGGCUGGUUUUGCUAUUGCACUCAAUAUUAUACUAAAGUCGACAGCCACAUUCGGUACAUCCUGCGAUCAAGGACUUGGUGCCCCAGAAACUUGUUUCUUAGAGGAUCUCGGGCUGGGAAUUACUGACCUCGAGCCAUUUGGUUUUGAUCAAGACGACAAAGAAGUAUUCGUGUGGCACACGAAAACGGUUCCCGUAAAAUAUAACAAAAGAAUAAUUGAUAGCGGUGGAUUUUUCAUUGAAUAA